UCGGGUGCCGCCCCGCCCCCCGCCCCGCCCGGAUAUCCGGCCCGGCCCCGCCGCUCGCUGGUAAGCGACAUGGCGCUGUGUGAGGCGGCGCGCGGCGGGUCGUCCCUGCUCUGGCCGCGGGUGUUGCUCUUCGGAGACUCCAUCACCCAGUUCUCUUUCCAGCAGGGUGGAUGGGGAGCGUCCCUGGCUGACAGGCUGGUCAGAAAAUGUGAUGUUCUGAAUCGUGGAUUUUCAGGUUACAAUACCAGAUGGGCCAAAAUCAUCCUUCCGAGAUUAAUCAGGAAAGGGGACAGUCUGGACCGCCCAGCAGCAGUGACAAUUUUCUUCGGUGCCAAUGACAGUGCACUGAAAGAUGAGAAUCCCAAGCAGCACAUCCCCCUGAACGAGUACGUGGCGAACCUAAAGAGCAUGGUGCAGUACCUGAAGUCCGUGGAUGUCCCUGAGGACAGGAUCGUUCUCAUCACGCCGCCCCCACUCGGGGAGGCUGCGUGGGAGCAGGAGUGCCUCCUGCAAGGCUGCAAAUUAAAUCGUCUGAACUCGGUUGUUGGUGAAUACGCAGGCGCCUGCCUCCAGGUGGCCCAAGACUGUGGGAUCGAUGUCCUUGACCUGUGGACCCUGAUGCAGGAGGACACACAGGCCAGGAGCAGCAGAGGACAGCAUCCAGGGUCCUGGCUUCGUCUGGGUUGGCGUCCAUCUGAGAAGUUUGAGAACUGAACGCUACUGUAUGAGGGGCUCUUACAAAGAACGCUUGAAGGACUUCUCGUCCUAUCUGUCAGAUGGACUGCACUUGUCACCAAAGGGAAAUGAGUUCUUGUUCUCCCACCUGUGGCCUCUGAUAGAGAAGAAAGUCUCCUCCUUGCCUUUGCUGCUCCCUUACUGGCGAGACGUAGCAGAAGCCAAACCAGAACUAAGUCUUCUGGGAGACGGGGACCAUUAACCACAGAAAACCAAGUCUGGCCAUUAACUUGCCAGAAGUGACAAAGAUAAGUGAUCAGACCUUUGCUCAUGACCUUGGAAUAAAAAACGCUGAACCUCCCCCACCAAGAUUAAUAAAAGCAUUAGAAUUUUUAGGGAAGCUCUCA